CCAGUGUUGGCCAGCGUGCGAUUCGGAAUGGAGUCGCGAGUCCGAAACUGCGACACGCGCAGGUAAAUGGAAAACACAAGUCGCCUCCUCCGCCGCUGAUGAUGGGAAGCAAUUAUCCCGAGCACGGGACCAAGCCGAGAUCCGCCAAAUACCACAAACAACAGAACCACCGAGUGGUGCGCAAGCAGCCGCCGCGUCCCGCUGUUAGCGACCGCCACAACAUCUACAUCACCAGCAAGACAGACUUUAAGGCCCAGCAGCGCCGCUGCGAGGAGCUGAUUAACUCCGGCGCCCACGAGAUCUUUCUGCAUUGCAUGGGCUUCUCCGUAACCCGCGGCCUCAAUAUCGCCCUACGCCUCGUCCAGAAUUCUGACGGCGCCCUUAGCUACGCCAUCAACACCUCCACCGUUCAGCUGGUGGACGAACUGCACCCGCUGUGCGAUGCCGAGGACAUAACCUUCCGCCAGCGCAACAACUCGGCCCUGCACAUCAAGAUCCUCAAUAACAGUCUCUUCGACAUCGCCGUGCCGCAACCGUCGCAGUCCCAGACGCAAGCCCAGUCCCUGGGCCAGUUCCGAGGCAAGGCGAAGGCCAGGCAGUAGCAUGUUCAAACUCUCGGAGCUGGUGCGCUGGCUGGGGCUCACCGAGUUCGAGAUUCUGGUCAAUCUGUGCGGCCUGCUGGUGUUCACCAUCACGCUGACCGUCAAGCUCCAUCUGCAGGCCAGGGCCGGACCCGGUGGCAUACUCCCGGAGCCCAUGGGCGACUGGUUCACCGUCUUCAGCCCCCUGUUCUUCAUCGACAUCUGCAACGCGUACUUUUGCGUCAUUGUGGGCAUCCGCAUGUACCUGGACUCUAACAACAAGCGCAAAGCCCUGCAUCGCUUCAUGUGGAGCACGUAUUUCCUGGUGCUCAUCGCCAUCUUCAAGUACCUGCUCUGCCUGAAGCUAUCCAGCAAGACGGGCCUCGAGUAUUCGGAGGUCUUCUCGCCGAUCUUCGUUCUGUUGCAGCUCGUGGCUGUGCGCGCCUGCCAGUUGCCCAACUCCAUCUAAACCAUAGACGUAGUAUAGCCCUAGUUCCGUAUUAUACAUAUAUGUAACUAUUCUGAAAGCCUUUAAAUCAUUGGAUUGGUAGUUAUCUGUAUACGCAAUGUGGUACAAUAAUUUUUAAGCGGUACGAAAUUUAUCUUUCUGGAUAUAGCAUAUCUAAUAUAUACGAAUUAUAUCUGAUCUGAUUCGGUAUGAAGGACAUACAUACAUACAUAUGUUGUUGUGCUUUUUAAUCAAUGAUCUAAUGAUCUACGCAUUAUAAUUUUUUUAAAAUUUCCAACAAUUUAAUUUGAUGUACAAAUUCAAAAACUAUUAAGCUGAUAUGAAUUUCUUCUAGCUGUUGUUGUC